AGAUCACAUUCACUCAACCGUUUCCUCUGCAUGCUUACUUAUAAGUUAUAGGUAGACUACCAACUCGACAGCUAUAUAGAAAUACUGCAUUUCCCUACAAGAGACGGCCAUCAGCUUUCUGUAUCUUUGUUACCUACCGUUAACCUCGUUUUCAUUAAAUAACUAUGGCAACUAACAUCACUUGGCACCCGUCCCUCUCGCGCUCGGAGCGCAACCAACUGCGUAAGCAGAAGGGCUUCACACUCUGGUUCACGGGUCUCUCGGCUUCAGGCAAGUCGACGGUGGCGACAGCCCUCGAGCAGCACCUGCUGCACCUCGGGCUCGCCGCCUACCGCCUCGACGGCGACAACGUGCGGUUUGGCCUCAACAAGGACCUCGGCUUUUCCGAUAAGGACCGCACCGAGAACAUUCGACGAAUUGGCGAGGUUGCGAAACUCUUCGCCGACUCCUCUACAAUCGCCCUGACAUCCUUCAUCUCGCCCUUCAAAGCCGACCGCGACCUGGCUCGCACCCUGCACGCCGCCAAGACGGCAGGGUCAACCGACGAGCCAAUCCCUUUCAUCGAGGUCUACGUUGAGGUGCCCAUCGAGGUUGCCGAGCAGCGCGACCCCAAGGGGCUCUACAAGAAGGCGCGCACGGGUGAGAUCAAGGAGUUCACCGGCAUCAGCUCGCCCUACGAGGCUCCCGAGAACCCCGAGAUUACCAUCCACACGGCCGAGAAGUCCGUCGAGGAGUGCGUCGCCGAUAUCGUCGCUUGGCUACAGGCCAAGGAGCUCAUCCCCUCAACCAAGUAAGAAACAAGAAAAGAAGCGAAAAUGAGGGAGCGAGGUCUGUUUUGAAGGGGUAGAACCUUGAAUAUAUUCACGUAGA